GUGCAAGAGAGAAGUGCCCGGCCUAGCAGAUUCCUCUUUCCUCCCGUCUUCGCUCUGCCACUCUCCGCUGUCGUUCCCUCUUCGUCCAGCUCUACUCGGGACUCCCAAAUGUCGGUCUCCGGUGAGGCGGGCUGGGCUACGAAGAAGCCUCCGAAGCGCCUUGGAGGCAUGGCUGAAGCCCUCUCGAUCGCUUCCGAUCUCGGCUUCUCCAUCGCUCCCCUCCAGGAAGAUCAACAAAGCAUGUCCAACUCAUUUGGAAGCGACAAAAGCGAUGACUUGAUAAGGGUUUUAAGAGAGCUUACUUCAGUACAAAGAAACAUCGCCAAUUUGCAAGUGGAACUUCAGGGACGAAAGGAUGAUAAAAACGUGGCACAUCUAACCCACGUGAGUGAAAUGGAAAAGAAAUGUGAGUCUUUGGCCGGAAUCACUGCUAUUUUAAGAGAUGUUAUCCAGAACAAGGAUCGCAUCAUUGCGCGUCUUCAACAACCAUAUUCUCUAGAUUGCAUUCCAGUGGAAGCUGAAUAUCAGAAACAAUUUUCGGAGCUGUUGCUGAAGGCUGCCAGUGAUUAUGGAGCUUUGACAGCAUCUGUCGCUGAUCUCCAGUGGAGCCAGAACUUCAGAGAAUUGCCAUCAGUGUGGGGGGAAAUGCUGCGUCCCAUCCCUGCUGCCUUGGCAUCCUGCACUCGUUUCUUUGAGGCUAUGUCUGCCAUGAGGGAAUCAUUUGGGACCCUCCAACAGCUGCGUGUGGGUCACUCUUCCUCAUCUAUGACACUGAGUGACCCUUCAGGAGGGGAUUCUAGGUUUUUGACACCUUCUCAGUGGAGAGAGGGGACAAUGAGCUCUGAUGACUCGAUUGUUGAUGGUUGGAGACAAGAGGCAGAGGGUAGAGUGGAGGAGAGUAAGGUGGGUGAUGGCAUCAAUCAGAGGAGGUUAUCUUGGCCCCACUCGCUUAUGAAGGGCUCCUGAUUAUGUGACUUCACCAGACAGUUCAUAGAAAAGAUUUCGCAUUACUUUGCACAAGUUGUCGAAAGAUAAUAAACUGAAGUUAGUUCUUUGUUGCAACCUUAUUUUGUAAGACAUCUACCCUGAGGAUCUAUGUAACAUUGUAGUUGUCGUUGUCCAUCAGAAGUCAGUUGUGAUUCAUUGGAUUUUCUAGUCUUGCUGAUUUUUUGAGAUGUAUCACUUGUUGGAAUGUGAGAGAUUGUGUUCAUAGUGGCAAGUAUAUGUACAUGUGUACAUGCACGUAAGUGCAUGCAAGUCUUAUCUUCAUAUAUGUAUGAUUUGUUAUCCUAAGUCCAAGAAUUUAUACUGGUAAAAAU